AUGUCCGCCGAAACCGACCCUUUCCUCGCCCUCGACGUCUCGACCGACGACUACGCGACCACAGCAGCACACGACCAACAAGUAGGCGCAGACGCAACAGUCGCAGCCGUUCAAGCCGAAGACGACAGCGAUGCCGAAAGAGAAAAAGCCACCGCCGCACGUGCUGCUAGAACGAGAUAUACCAAGGAAGACUUUUUGGCACAAAAAGCGAGUUAUACGGCUAGGAUUGAUGAGGGUAGUGUUUGGAAACAAUUACUCGUCUUCGGUCCGCCGUUUCGACCUUCUGGGGCCUUUUUGUCCGCUUUGGACGCUGGGGAUGUGGAUGUUCCGAAGGGGAAUGGCGACAGCAGCACGGGAAAGAGCAAAUUGGAUAAGAAGCAUCAUCAAGCCAUCCAGGCUGCUGUCUCGGAGUUGUACUUUUUGCAAAAGUACGCUGCGGUGCAAGAGAUCAUCACAUGGGCGAAAGAACACUUUGAAAAGGAUAAGAAGUGGGAUGCACAGGUUGUGAAGUGGGAGGGCAAGAUCAAGGAGAAGAUGAGUGCACAAGAGGUGGCAUGA